AUGGAUAAACAAUAUUUAAACGUGGCUGCUCGUCGAUCUUUACCAUCGUCUUCCACAGGUGCUAAGCCAUCUGUAGGAACUCAACAACAACAAUCUACUUUACCCAAUUCAUCAUCACAAGAUCUGUUUAAUUAUCCAAAAAGAUGGGUGUUAUUCUUUUGCCAUCGUUUUAUCUUUGCAGAAGCCGAUUUGAAAAUAAUCUUUUAUUUUUGUUUAUUAUUAGUCGGUAGUACAAUCAAAGGUUUUGAUAUCGCACCACAAACAUUUCUUUCAGAUAAACGAAAUACAUUGAACACAUAUUUUGCUAAAUUAGGAUGGGGAUGGACAAUGGGACUGUUAUUACCGUUUGUUUGUCUGACAAAUUUCGAUUAUACAACAAGAAAAUAUGAAUUUAUUUUAAAACAUUUAAUACGUCUACUUAUUGCUACAGGUAUUUGGUAUGGAAUAACAUCAUUAUUUCAAUAUAUUGAAUCAUUAACUGGACAUUGCGAACAUUUGGAAUAUUCUAAAGCUAGCAGACAAAUAUGUUUAAAAGGUGGACAUAAAUGGGAAGAAGGUUAUGAUUUAAGUGGACACACAUUUUUAUUAAUGUAUUCACUAUUAGUUAUUAACGAAGAAGUGAAAUCGUACGAAACUUGGAAAAAAUCAGAAUUAUCAUACAAAGAAAAUAGUGAAGAAAAAUCAGAAUUAAAAUCAAAACAGCAACGAAAUGAUGGUGAUGCACAGUCAUCAUCAUCGGCUCCAGUUAAUUAUAUCGAUUGGUUUGGAUUUUAUAAAUUAUCAUUAGCAAUUAAAUGUUUAUAUACUGUUUUGGCGUUAUUAACUGUUCUAUGGGAAAUCAUGUUAUUAUCAACAGCACUUUAUUUUCAUCUUAUGCUACAUAAAUUCUUUGCAGCGGUAUUAGCUGUUCUUAUGUGGUUUAUUACCUACCGUUACUGGUAUAAAUACAGAAGUGAUCCGUCAAAUAUUUUUAUACCAUGUUUACCGGGUGAUGGACUUUAA